GGCGCGGCGGCGGUGUACAACCUCAGCCUGGCGGUGGACGAGGGGCUGCCGGCCGAGACGCUGGUGGGGGACAUCCGCGCGGGGCUGCCGGCGGGCGCGGGGCCGCCGGGGGGCUUCCUGCUGUCGGAGGGGAGCGGCGAGUCGGCGGUGCUGGCGGACUUCCACGUCCAGGCGGAGACGGGCAUCAUCCGCACGGCGCGGCGGCUGGACCGGGAGCGGCGGGCGCGCUACAGCUUCGCGGCGGCCACGCUGCGCGGCGAGGUGGUGCAGGUGGAGAUCGCGGUCACCGACGUGAACGACCACCCGCCGCGCUUCCCGCGGGACUGCCUGCAGCUCAACGUCUCCGAGCUGAGCCCGCCCGGCACCGCCUUCCGUCUGCCGGCCGCCCGUGACCCCGACGCCGGCCGCUUCGGGACGCAGGGCUACGCGCUGCUGGAGGAGGGCGGCGCGGCGGGGGAGCCGCCGCUCUUCCAGCUGCGCUACGGGCGGCCGGAGCCGCUGGAGCUGGUGCUGCUGCGGCGGCUGGACCGCGAGCGGGCGGAGGCGCACCGGCUGCUGGUGGAGGCGUGGGACGGCGGCAGCCCGCGGCGCCGCGGCCGCCUGCGGGUGUCGGUGCGGGUGCUGGACGAGAACGACAACGCGCCCGCCUUCAGCCGCGGCGAGUACCGGGCGCGGCUGCGGGAGGACGCGCCGCCGGGCACCGCCGUCUGCCGCCUGCGGGCCACCGACCCGGACCUGGGCGCCAACGGCGAGGUGCGCUACGCCAUCAACCGCCGGCAGAGCGACCCCGACGGCUACUUCGCGGUGGAGGAGCGCAGCGGCGUGCUGCGCCUCCGCCGCCGGCUGGACCGCGAGGCGCGGGCCCUGCACCGCCUGGUCGUGGAGGCGCGGGACGGCGGCGCCCAGCCCGAGGUCUCCAGCGCCCUCGUCUCCGUGGCCGUGCUGGACGUGAACGACAACCGCCCCGCCAUCCGCCUGCUCUACCUCACCGAGAGCGGCGGCCCGCGGGUCUCCGAGGGGGCGCGGCCCGGCGACUACGUGGCCCGCGUCUCCGUCUCGGACGCCGACGAGGGCGCGGAGGAGAAGGGCGGCGGCGGCGGGACCUGCGGCGUGGCUGAUGAGCGCCGAAGCUCGGCUCUUCAGGGAGAACCAAGUAUCGGCUCUCCUUAA